GAUGACACACGCGUAGAAGGGAGAUGAAGUGUGAGCGUCUCCGUGUGUCAGGGGCUCCCUUGGGUGACUGCAUCACAGCCCGUUUCUGCAGACCGAGCUUUGCGCAUGCAUGCUCACCCUGCGCACGUUCCCCCUUUGUCUUUGCAGACGAGUCAUUAGUCACAUUACGGGCGGAGACACCGGAAACUAGUUUGCACAACAUAUCGCUUAACGAACUUGGACGCUGUAACUCCGAAUUAACAUGGAAUAGAUUUAAAUCUGUGGAGCAGCUGGAUUAUUCUUCCCCCUCACACCUUGGCCUAAAAAUAGACGCAGGAACGCCCUUUCCCCACCCGCACCAGCAACAGAAGACUUGUGUGUCACAUUCUAAUCUCAUUUUUAGCCAUAAGCGAAUCGUCGAAGGCGGCAUGUUGUUGUGUUGUUGUGCGUUAACAGGAACCACGGUUAGGAUGUCUCCUCUGUGGAAUGAGAGCUGUGAGAAAGGAAACCCCCUGACUGAAAUCAGGAUCCACCCAGAAGCUGAGCAGCUGCCACUCUCAACAAUCAACAAAGAAGAUGUGGGCAUCACCCUAGGAGGACUGCUAGAAUGGCUGUGGCUGGAGAGAAGUUUAGCUGCUUUGCACAUAGAGAGCUUUCAUGUUUACCUGCAUCAAUGCAGCUCCAGGGCACCUUUUAAUAAUGCCUCAUUUGGAACUUUGGAUUAACUCUCGGCCCACUCUGUUAAAAGUCCUCAUUUUUGAUUUACAGUUCAAUCUCUCGAUGUUCCAUCGCCUCUGACCUUAUUUUGCCAUGCGAUUAAACCAAUGAGGCUCACGGAGCCCUUUGUUACGUGUCUGUGAGGUCUCCUCCCCACUCUAUGGAGGCUGAGCCCAGCCGUCCGGCCAACGGGGAGCGCUCUGGAAGGCAAGAGUCGCAGCAUGCAACAGCUGAGUCUUCAUUAGGGUCUUGUCCACCUCAGCAACCCCAGCAGCCUCCUAAUCCUCGUCCUGUACAUAGAGCUUUGGGGCGCUUGCAAAAUCGUCAACCCAAACGUACCGACCUGCUUCGGUUACAGCAGCAGCAAGCAGCAGCAUGGCAGCAUUCAGAAACCCCUGGUACCUCUGGAGCCAGUUUUUUCCGUGCAACUUCAUCCUCAUCCCUCACCACUAUGUCCUCCACCCAGGGUGAGCAUAGUCACGGGGGGGCUUCUCACUCCAGUCACGAGGCUCUAGAAGUUGUCAGCUCUCCCAAAAAGGGGGAGAAGAAACCUCAAAAGCCAGGGAAAUAUGUGUGUUCGUAUUGUGGUCGUCCAUGUGCCAAGCCAAGUGUUCUCGAGAAACACAUACGCUCCCACACAGGAGAAAGACCCUAUCCUUGUGCUCCGUGUGGCUUUUCUUUCAAGACCAAGAGCAAUUUGUACAAGCACCGCAAGUCCCACGCCCAUCGCAUUAAAGUAGGUCUGUCCUCCAGCCGAGAUGAGCCCAGUUUGAGUGGACCAGAGGGUAGCAGUAUUGGAGAAGACCCCGAAGAGCACACAGAGGGAGAAAGCACUGAAUCCGAAGAUGAGACCGGCCAGCGCAGAAAAUCUUCUUCUAAAGAGAUGCUUCGACAGCAGAGGAAAGGGGCUAAAGAACGGCUUGGAGGCUCUGAGGAGAGCCAAAGGCCUGAGGAUUCUCAGGCUGUCAAGCAAAGACUGGCAUUGAGACUUAGGAAACGGGGCCCCAUGGCUUCACCAGAUGACCCUCCCUCCUCCUCCCUCUCCACAUCAUCUUCAUCGUUAGGCCCGGGUAGUAAGGGCAGCACGGAGUCUGGCUACUUUUCUGGAUCAGGCAGUACCGACCUGUCCCAAGUCAGCCCACCAAGUUCCAGUGCCAAAACCUAUGCAGAAAUUAUCCUAGGGAAGUAUGGAAGACUUGGAGGACAGCAGCGCAGUCCCCACCAGCACCAGCUUCCUACUUCACAUUCCUCAUCAUCAGGAAGCGAGGACAAAAGCAUUCCCUUUGCUGUACCCAAAACUCAAGUUAUUGAACACAUUACCAAGCUCAUUACCAUUAAUGAAGCAGUAGUAGACACCAGUGAAAUUGACAGCGUAAAGCCUAGACGCUCCUCCAUCUCCAGGAAAAGUAGUAUGGAGUCACCCAAAUUUAUUAUCCCUAAAGAUCCCUACACGUUUGACCCAAAAAUAGAAGCUGCAGGUCCCAGCGGUUUGAGGCACCCCCAAAACUCUGAGGCAGAUCCAUUGAGUACACAGGAACUUUCAGCAGUGCCUCUUCUCAGAAGCCACUCAUUGCCAUCAACUACAAGCCAAGUAGAGCCCCUCACUUCGGGCACCAUGUCUCCAAGAAGUUACCGCCUUAGCCAGUCAUUUGAUGAGCAGCAAGCAGUGGUUGCAGAGAUGAGAGGUGCACAGCGUAUGCUCAGACGCCAGCCUGCCAUAGAGGUACCCCUGGGAGCUGAGUCAGUGUUGGAGGAGAGCAGCCCUGCAUCCUCAUCUUCCUCAGCCAGAGGAGCUCAUUCAGGCAAGCAACCACAUCAUCCACAAAAGAGUCGAAGCAUCUUCGAAUGUAGAUCUUGUGGUGUUGGCUUUCAGCACAGUGAGGACUAUGAGGGUCACAGAAGAGUAUGUCCAGGACCAAAACAAGAGGGCAUUGAUGCAUGUAGCCCAUGCAGAGAGAAUCGUCCCCCACUGAUGCACUCCAAGUUCCGAGCACUGGCUAUGGCUGUGAGGAAGAGGAGGAAAGAGGAGAGCCUCGAGGAGGAUCCCCCCAGUCCUGGAACUGUACCCAUAUCAGGCAGCUCUGAAGGUCUCAUUCCAGUGCCAAGCAGACCAGAGCACAGCCAGAGCCUCUCAGGUGCUACUUUACAUAAUGAGCCAAACCAACAGCAGCAACGGGACAGGAAGGGUGUUUCUGUCAUCCAGCACACUAGUUCUUUUGAAAAACAAGAAAGUAUAUCGAUGGAAAGCCAGGAGCCAGACCUCAGAGAGAAUCCGCAGCCACAACAACCUGAGCCAAAACCCUCUCCCUCCACAUCCCGCCUCAUCCGUCAGCCAAACAUCCAAGUGCCGGAGAUAUUUGUUACUUUGGAGCUUGAUUCCGACAUGCCAUCUGUUUCACCCCCAGUGAAAGCAUCUUCAUCUAAGGAACUCGAGAAAACAGAGGAGUUCCAGUGGCCCCAGCGGAGCCAGACUCUGGCUCAACUACCUGCAGAAAAGCUGCCACCAAAGAAGAAACGACUCCGCUUAGCAGAAGCAGCUCAGUCUUCUGGGGAGUCCAGCUUUGAGUCUCCGUCUCUUCCUCGCAGCCCUAGUCAAGAAAGCAAUGUCUCAAGCCUCUCUGCUUCUUUUGAGGACACGACACGUUCAGAGCCCGUUGUCUGGGGUUCUGGCAGCCAAGGCUCCCAGAUGCUGACGGUCCCAUCUGCUUCUCACCAACACAGCCAAAGCCACAAGGAGAUGAGGCGUUCAGCCUCAGAACAGGCCCCUCCUAGGCCCCAACAAACUGAACAGAUCUCGGAAACAAGAAGUAAAUCAUUUGAUUACGGAUCUCUUUCCUCUCAGCAGUCAACGUCCUCCUGGAAAGAGAGGAGAAAGUUUCUUCUUGUAAAACAGGCCACUUUAGGUGAAACAGAGCAGGAGAUGGUGGGUAACAUUAGUCACAGCCCAAUGCCCGGUCCUUCUCACCCCAACAUGCCUUAUGUCUACCCUGCUGAAGUGAGUCCCCACUUCUGUCUGGACGCCACAGGGAAGCCCAUGCAGUUAAUGCAUUCUCAAAUGUCCUCAUCCUCUCAUGAUGUGCUCCCUUUGCAACACAGAGGACAACACGUUUUUCAAAGAGGUGCACUUUCACAACUACUCCCCAUAGCUACAUCUAAAACUGAGGCUCUGCCCCCCCAAGUCAUUCACAGAGGCUUCUUACAUUCACACUCUGGGUCUCCCAUACAGACCCACCCAGGACAGAUCCACUUGCCAGAACGGUUGAGAAUACCACUACAUCAUCUCCCACCCCUAGUUCCUCUCCCUAGCUCCUCAAGGGUUAGAAGCAGUCAGCCUCCGUACUUUCCUUUUCCGCCAAGUCUUGGCACACACAUUCCUCCUCUGUCCUCUACAGAGACCAGGCCUCCCAUCUCCUCCAUGUCAUCACCUCUGACCCAUCACUCUCUUGUAACCAUCUCAUACCACCAACAACAACCAGUCAUUACCACAUGCCUGGCACAGCUUACGCCAGUGGUAUCACUUGUAGUGCCAGUGCGCCUCCAAACUCAUAGACCUACCUUUGCCAGUGCCAUGUAUACCACACUCUCCCAGAUUCUGGCCUCCACUCGCUCACAGGAAUCAACUUCUUGCACGGCUAUGAUCGUCAUGGCCCAAACAGAACGGGACAAGCUGCAAGGAUCCUAUCUGAAAGUUCCAUCUCCAUCCAUCCAGAGCCUUCUCCCGCUGUCCCUCUCGAAAGAGCUGUCCUCAGUGUCUGAGGACGAGUAUGGUUCUCUGGGACCUGGAGGAAGCAAACGCAUGCUUUCACCUGCCGCUAGUCUAGAGCUCAGCACAGAGGCUAAGCGUCACCAGAAAAGAGUAAAAGAAGAGGAGGAGGAGCGACAGAAGAGUGUUGAAGAGGAAGAAGAUGCAGAACCCAAGGUAGGCCAAGAAGAAAGCAAAAACAUAGGGAGGACACUAGAUGACAGAGAGAAACGGCAACCAAAUCGAACAGAAGGCACAAGUGUCAAAUUAGAAGAGGUGCAGGAACAACUCCCAUGGAAAUAUAACAGAGAAGAAAAGGAACGCAAGGAGAAAUCAACGGAGAAGACGAAUCCAAAAAAGGAAGAGGUGCCAACUCCAGAAGUGGGGGUUGAGAAGCCAAGCCUCCCUUCGUACCCCAGCCUGCACACUUCCACCUCAGUAAACUGGUGCUACCUGAAGUAUGUCAAACCCAACCCGUCUGCUGAGAGAGACCCGCAUACCUCGGUUUAUUCUACAUGGAGUGUCAGCGCACACAACCCCAAUCUGCCAGGCGUCAGCACUAAGGUGGCUCUGUCUCUGCUGUGCUCUAAACAGAAGCACAGCUCUGAGACGUACACCAUGGCCACUGCUUCAGCACCAGCCAGAUGUGAACCAGUCCCUGAAAGCAGCACAACUCCACAUGUUUCAGAGGUACAAGAGACCCCACCCAGCACCCUGCCUGAGAUGAAGGAUGAGGAGACGCAUGAGAAGGAGGAUAUCAAAGAGACGAGGGAAGAGGAAGGUCCUUCCACCUCCAAGCAAGGCGAAACUAGUUUGGUCCGAAUCUUUGAAGGAGGCUACAGGUCCAAUGAGGAGUACGUCUAUGUGCGAGGUCGCGGUCGGGGAAAGUACAUAUGUGGAGAGUGUGGCAUUCGCUGCAAGAAGCCCAGCAUGCUGAAAAAGCAUAUCAGAACGCACACCGAUGUCCGCCCAUACAUCUGUAAACACUGCAACUUUGCCUUCAAAACCAAAGGAAACCUUACCAAACACAUGAAGUCAAAGGCUCAUGGGAAAAAAUGCCAGGCAGUGGGAGUGUCUGAGACGUCUCUGGACGAGCCAGAGAGCGAGGAAACAGGCAGUGACGAGCGCGUCCUCGGCUCAGAGGAGCAGGGGGAGCAUCAGUUCUCCGACGUGGAGGAGUCUGACGAUGAGGAUGACAACGAUGAUGAGGAAGAGGAGGAUGAGGACGAGGAGGAAGAGGAGUCUACGUCCCACGAAGACCCGCCGUCCUCCUGUUCAUCGGACACUCAUCCGUCGACGGGAGGGCGCUCCAGCUGUGCACGGCGCUCGCAGCAGGGCACCCCCGAUCCGGAGCCCGGUCCCGGUUCGGAGCCCGCCCCGAGGGGAGUCUGGCCCAGCAGACGGGCGGCCUCUCCGGGCAGGAGGAGGGCGCUGUUCUCGAGGCAAGGUUGGAAGGGCUCUCCAAGGGCCUUCUCCCCCAGCAGCGAGAGCUGCUCCCCCAGCCGCAGCCUCUCCCCCCGCCUGGAGCUGCCCUCGACGAUUCGCAGCCUUUCCCCGAGGACCGAGUUAUCCUCGUCUGGCAGACACAUCUCGCCCUCCCCUGAGAGGAGGCCGUCUCCCGUCAGAACACAUUCUCCUCUUCGUCCCGUUUCACCCAGCUGCUACCGACCGUCUCAAGUUCCAGCCUCUCCAUCACCACUGGGGGCGCUGCACAGGACCCCCGGAUACCUGCCCUGGGAGAGCCCAGGCACGAAGGGAGGCCAUGUUAAACCGGAGAAAAGUGGCGCUGCAGGAGAAAGGCCAACAUUGUCAGAAGCGAGUUUGUUCCCACCGGCUUUCCGUCUCUCCACCUGCGAGGCUUAUCCCGGCCUCCAAGCAGCAGACAACAUCUUUAGCCAUCUGCCCAUGCACUCCCAGCAAGCAAAGGUCCCCUGCCUGAUGAUACCCAUCGGUGGGAUCCAAAUGGUACAGGCCAGACCGAGGUCCCACCCGACUACUCCCUCAUCUCCAACGUCCCCCCCGCUGGAGGGGCCAUCGCUGUCCCGAUUUGAAUCAUACUGGGGCGGGACCCCCAGGACUCAAGGGCUAAGGACUCCUGGAGACACCGGGUGGGAGCACCAGGCAGCAGGAGCCAGCCACCACGCUCUUAGCACAGAACUUACUUUUUCCAAACUCAAGUUGGAGACCACAGACUCAAAGCAAUAUGGCAGCUCACACAGCUCCAUCCGCCCCCACGGGUCUGCCACACAGACCAGGGAAGGUGGCGUUAGAGGCAGUCAAACUGGAGCGCCUCGCCUCGGAACAGCAGCCCCAGUAGCUUAUCGUGCCAUAGGAAUCGCACCAGAGCGGGACGAUCCGACGUCAAGCGAUGAUGCGGUAGAGGGAGACGGUGAAGAAGACUCGGCCACAACAGAACAGAGCACUUAGCAGUGUCGACACCUUGAUGCACCUUGCAUCCAAUUUUGGUUUAUUGGUUGCUACACUAGUCUUGUUUUUUUUAUUAUUAUUACUAUUAUUAUUGCUUUGUUUUGUUUUGUUUUGUUUUAUACAGAUUUCAAUACUAUUGUUAACUUAAAUGUUUGGUCUUUGGCAAUAUUCAGGUUUGUUAUAAAAAAUGCACUUUUUCUGUGUGAAAAUAUUGUUCCUGUAAAUCUCUAUAAAUAUAUACAAAUAUAUAUAUCUAUAUAUAUAUAUAUAUAUAUCCUGUAUCUAAUUAGAUACUGCUAAUCUCAAUGUCUAUUUGAAAAUGCUUUAAAAAAAAUUUUAAUAAAUAAUUAUGAAUAAUAAAUUUGUAAAUGACCAAAAUAUUUCAUUAUUAUAAAAAAAAAGAGACAAUUUCCUUUUAGGUUGUUCAGUAUUACUCAAAUUGUAGUUUCUUGUGCCUUUUCUGUCCAUUUUUGUGUUAUUUUAAAUGUAAACGUACACAAAGAGAAGGCUGUGAAUUCAGUUUUAUUAUUUUUUAUGUUGUUAUGGAGGGUUAAUAUUUGGUGUUUUUUUUCUUCUGAGGGCCAUUGCUUUAUCGCCAAGGUAACUAGUCAAAUCAUGGGAGAACCUAAGGAGCGGCUGACACGUGUCAAAAGAAUUGCACUGACGUUUUAUUUUUAUUACUGAAUGCUUCAGAUUAUGUGUCUGUACAAGGGAGAAUGCUCCUUAUUUAUUUUUAUUUGAUGACAUUGAGCCUUAUUAUUUUUAUUUUUGUUAUUAGGGGUGGGGAGAAAAACUUUUUUGUUACAUCUGUUUGACUUCUUCAUCAUGUUCUUAUAACUUGAACUGGUGGUAAAGAUGAGAUAUGAAUGAAUUUGGCUGGUACCAGAGGAUCAAGUGCCCUGCAGAUUUCACAGCAAAAUUUGUAGUUGCUAAAAAAAAUAAUAACAAUAACGACAAUAAUAAAACAAAACAAAAAAAAUGCACUGGGCUUCAAUGAGAUUGUGCCUUUUUUUUAUUUCUCACAGUCAAUUUUGAGACACGAGUGUUUAAAUACAGAAAGAAGAUUGGACAGAAUAUUUCAAACAUCUCUGAUCAUUUUUGCUGCAAACUUCACUUUAAAAGUUGUAAACAAAAAACACAAUAAAGGAUCAGACAAUCUGUGGA